CAAGGAACAUUUGCCGAGAGGUGCACGUGAGAUCACGUGUUAGAUCAAAAUGGGGGAGUAUCUCCCAGAUUCUCUGAUUCUCGAUAUCCUGAGUCGACUCACCGAUUCCUCCGAUCUUGCUCGGUGCCAAGUCGCCUCCAAAACCUUACACUCUGUCGCUCAAGAUGUACAAUACAUUAAUCUCAUAUGCACGUUAUGUCGCUACCAAAAAUCUCGGUCAGAGGAGGGCAGAAACCGAGUCACACCGUUCAAGACGAUCUUUCGCAAACUCGUCCAAAAUACCAGGCGCCUCGAGUCCAUAUCGAUUGGUGUGGACAGGUCGUUGGCGGGAAUCGCGUUUGACGACUUGGAUGACGAGUAUGAUGAUCUUUACAUGAACGAUAUCGAAUUUGUGAAGGAUUGGUUGCCUAGGGUUUGUGAAGACUUGAGGUUUUUGUCUAUUUCAGAUUUUUGGCUUCAGUCUUGUUGGAGAAAGUCCGAGGUUUUGGCUUUGAUUUCUUCCUGCUGCCAUAGGCUUCUUGAACUUGAGGUGAAAAAUGCUUGGCUCUCAGUGGAUGGCCUAAAUCCUAUGCCCAGGCUUACUAGUUUGACAUUGGAAUUUGUAAGACUUGAAGACAAGGACCUAAACAAGGUUAAUGAAUGCUUCCCUUGUCUACAAGUUCUCAGUUUGGUCGGAGUUGGAGGACUUAAAGAACCAAAGAUUCAUCUCUUGCACCUUAAAACAUGUCUGUGGACAGUAUCAAAUGCUCCCCUUUCGCUGUCUAUAUUUGCACCCAACCUCGUUGAACUGAAACUUAAAUGUAUAAAACCAAAAUUCCUUGUUCUUGAAACUCCCUUGUUGUCCGAUUUCCAUCUUUCACUUGAGAAAGCAGGUAAUGUUAGAGUAAAAGAGUUUCUGAAUUUGCAGAACCUUCAGCUUGAAUCUUCAAGUUUUUGUAGCAUCAUUGAUGCAUUUCCUCUUGGUAAUACAAUUAAGAAGUUAAAGGUGGACUUGUUGAAAUCAACUGAGCCUGAGACAAUAAGAAAACUUGACCUGGGGGCAUUGUUCAAUGUCUUUCCAAAUGUGAACUCUCUUUCUUUGGGCCCCAGGGCUUGGUCAGAAGUGGAGACCUGCUUUCGCAAAGGAGGUUUAGAAAAUCGGACGGAAAUGAAGGAGCUUAAAGAAAUUAUGGCACACUUGGUGAUAGAUGAUAUUGAUGUGUCACUGUCAAUCAUAUACUGCAUUUUGGAUAAAUGCACCAACUUGUCUUCUUUGGCCUUGUUAAUCCACCGUGAAGUAGAUUCCAUCACUGCUAGCAAGUUCAUCUCUAGGUGUACAGUUGAUUAUCCACAAGUUAGAUGGAAAUGGGGAAUGUGGAAGGAAGGAACAGAAGACACUUGGCUCUCUGAUGACAUCUGAUUUUGCAUCUCGAUUCUAUGAGACGAAAAUGAAUGACGCUUCAUCUGUUAGAGCUGCUUUAUAUUUCAGCUUCUGGUAUCUGUAUUUUAGGAGUUUCAGUAGAAUUGAUUAGAGUAGUGUUCUGCAACCCUGAAUGCAUUACAAUUGGCUGAAUCACAGUUGACCUGGAAAGACCUAUGGAUUAUAUGGCCGUGAGAAUAAUCAAAUGCUUGGAGAAGGAAAUUGUAUUUGAUGAUUGGGAAGAUAUCUAGCCUCCUACCAGCAAUUAGAGAUAAUGGAUGCUUUCUUACUGGCUUUUUCAUAUACAUCUAUGUCCGAAACCCUCACGCACAGUGCAUCCUGCCUCUAAAGGAGCCAUAUGAAUGAUUCAACUGUAUGCCUCACUGUUAUUUGUUUGCAGUUUUUGCAGAGAGUGGAUGAAGAUAAAGGUAAAAAAGGAACCAAAAGGUUGUCGUAUUUCUGUACUUUUGUAUAGUUGUAUAUUUGUUAUAUAUUCCUAGUUAUUACCUUUCAUGUAGUUUUAUCAACAUACAAUGAAGAUGUUAUUUUGAUUGUAGCAAUUAUAUAUUAAAUACUGAAACAAUGUAAUCUUC